CCUGUGUUUGUGGUGUUCUUUCCUGUUUUUUCCAAGUAAGAUUGCACUUUUGCUCUUUCUCUUUCUCCACUGUCUUUUCUGUCAGGCAGACACUGCAGGGCUUAAAUAAACUCUCUCACACUCAACUUCUUCUUUCUGUUCUGACUCCAGUUUGGAAUGUAAGUAAGUACCCACCUUUUUUUAAUUUUUCUUUACCCUCAUCACUUGCUGCUGUUCGUAAUGCUCCAUUUCUCACUCCUCUCCCACACCACUUUCUAGUUUCUAUUUUCUAGUUUCAAGUUUCAAGUUUCUUCCUCUUGUCAGUAACUUGUGCUGUCUCAAGGCCUUUUCAGUAGACAAAGGAGAAAAAAAAGUAUCCUACUUUCUGACACCGUUUUUAUGGCAUUAGUGUUCUAGUUAGUGCCUCAAAAUGCUUGUCUUGUAUUGGCCACACCUAAAGCCUCAAACUUUAAGCUGCCCCCAACAUCAUAUCUCCAGAACAACCAAACCACUUUGAUUUUCUGUCACUUUCUUGAGUAUAGUAUUCAUUUGUUAAUUGCAAGUGUUUGCUUCUUUCUUUGGUCUUCGGAACAAUAUUCAGCUUCUUUCCAUGAACGAAGCCCAAAUUGAAAUUACCAUUCCUCACCUGUUCAGAUGCCCCAUCAGUUUGGACUUGUUCGAAGAUCCAGUAACUUUGUCCACAGGCCAAACCUAUGACAGAUCAAGCAUAGAGAAAUGGUUCUCUGCUGGAAAUCUCACAUGCCCUGUAACAAUGCAGAAGCUUCGUGAUCCAUCCAUUGUUCCCAACCACACUCUUCGCCACUUGAUCGAUCAGUGGCUCCAAUUGGGUCCCCAAUUUGGUAACUCUGCUACUAUUGAUUAUUUAGCCGCACUGAAGCACACCCUUGAAUCUCCCCAAUUGGAAAACAAGCUCCAAGCACUUGAGAAAAUUACAGUUCUCUCUGAUGAGUAUUGCUCCUUCAGAAAAUCUUGUUUCCAUCAACUGAGUUUCUUGCCCCUACUUUUGGAACUUGUUUUUGGCACCGAGUUCUCAAACUGUCACAUGAAGUUCACGGAGCUAGCACUUUCUUGCAUUAUAAAGUUGUUACCUCUUGUGAGUAUGGAGCCUCUAAAUAUGAUCAAAGAUGAGUCUAAGUUGACAACGUUCCUGCUACUAUUUGAAAAGGGAACCAGCUCGGUUAAGACUAGUCUUUGUCAUCUUAUAGAUUCAACGGCAUCACCACAAACAGAAGAGGUAUGUCACAUGCUUGGACAAUCUCAAAAACUAGUGCGUGAAAUUGUGGUACUUGUUCGUCAAGGUUGUGAGGUUUCUAAGGUUGCAAUUAAGGCCAUGUUAGCAUUAUGUUCCUUGCAAUCUAACCGUGACAAUUUGGUGAGGGCAGGAGCAAUUGAUGGGGUUAUAAUAUACAUUUCAGGUUGUGAAACAAGGCAGAAGAACUUGGCCCCAUUUGCGAUGGCAGUAAUAAAAAACCUUCUGGUGCUAGAGAGUGCUAAAGAGGCACUGGUGAAUCACCCUUGUGGGGUUGCAACUUUGGUGAAGAUGGUUUUCAGGGUGUGCAAUCAAGAGUGUAGUGAGAGUGCUGUUGGGAUACUUGCAAUUGUUUGCCGAGAUUUUGGUCGUGCAAGAGAUGAAGCAAUCGGUGCUGGAGUUUUGACUCAGUUGCUGUUUCUUCUACAGAGUCAGUGUGGCCCCAAAACUAAAACAAAAGCAAGAAUGCUGCUCAAGUUGCUAAGAUCAAAGUGGAUUGAGGAACCAAAACAGGUGUAGAUUGUGAAACGUGAAUCAUAAAUGUUAAUAAUAAUAAUGAUGAUGAUGAUCAGUAUUUGAUGGCUCUGGGAGGUCUUGUUUUCUAUGUGCAGUAUUUGUACCCAUAUACUUUGUAAUCUUUGAAUUUCAUCAGCAAAAUUAAAACUAAGUUUUGGCCUAAUAUUAUCUCUGAUAUUCACCACUGAAAAUAUCUUAUUGGUACGUUUGAUUGCAACCUAUCAACCUUACAUUUGAUGGAACAGAUGAAAGAAUUUCAGCCGAGGUACCAAUCAACAGCUUAUUCUUGGAUGUUCUCUUGUUAACAUAGACUUAGAUUUGAAGAACUUUUCUCAUCAUGAACAGCUAAAGCUGCAAUAUAUAAGAUGUAACACCUAAACAAUAAACACAAACCAGGUUAGAGAGAGAGAGAGUGAACAUCAAACACAUGAUUAGCAUUUCAGUGAAAAAUCCUGCAAGUGGAUGCAAUUGUGUACCAUACGACUCCAUUCUCAAUGAUGCGAUGUUUGGCCUAGUUUGGUGGAAUUGAUUCUGCAAACUCCACCAUGGUGAAAACUACACAUACCACAGUGAUUUUUCCUUUGGAUAUACUUUUUCUAUCUACCAGUGCAAGUGUUUUUUGCUACUACAACUUUAUUGGAAUAAUGAGUAUCUAUCAUAUAAAAAUAUUAGUUGCAAUGUAAUUUUUUGGUCGAAAGGUGUCUGUCCUUGAUGUAACAUGUCAUACAAAU